GUUUUAGUAAGAUUUACUUUAUUUCUGAUCUGAAAGUUAAUCGCUAAAUCGUACUAAGAUUUUGUACCAUAUAGUACUAGACUAGUCUGCCAUCUGCAAUAAAAAUAAGAAAGAAACAUUAGGCUGCAGAAGAACCAUCACGAAGCUUUCUAGAAAUUGCUGUUUUAAUAAGAGAAUGUCGGUAUCUGAAUGGCGUCUUGCAUUGAAGCUGGCAGACCAGCCCUUGGCAGCAAAGUCAUUGCUGCACCUUCCUGAGACGGACCCUGGAGAGAUGGCUCCUGGGGGUUACCGGAUCGCCACGCUAAAGCAGCUCAUUGCAGCUCAGCUGCCGGACACGGUACCUGACCCAGAGCUCAUUGAGCUGGUGUAUUGUGGAAGGAGGCUGAAGGAUGAACAGAGCUUAGAUUAUUAUGGGAUUCAGCCAGGAUCAACGAUCCACAUCCUAAAGAAAUCCUGGCCAGAGCCAGAGGUUAAACCAGAGCGCGUGGACAAGGCUACAGCUGCAAGAGAGUUCCGGGUGCUUCAGGCAGCUCUGCACAGCAGCUCUUCUUACAGAGACUCGGUGUUUAAGAUGUUGAAUAAUAAGGAAUCUUUGGAUCAGAUCAUCGUGGCCACUCCAGGCCUUAGCAGUGAUCCAGUGGCUUUAGGGGUGCUGCAAGACAAAGAUCUGUUUGUCUUGUUUACAGAUCCCAAUAUGCUGGAUACGCUGACUGUGUCUCACCCAGCCCUGGUCAACGCCAUCAUCCUGGUCCUGCACUCGGUGGCCAGCAAUGCCCCAGCUACACAGAGCGCCAGCACCUCCCGCAAUGUCUCUUCCAGCUCUUACAGCGACAUGCCAGGAGGCUUUCUAUUUGAGGGACUUUCAGAUGAUGAAGAAGAUUUUCAACAGGGCAGCCGUACCACCCCCUCUACCAGCCGAGGAGCCACUGGCUCACGGCCAGCUACUCUGGGCUACAGCGGGGCUGUCGGCCCUCGACCAAUCACACAGAGUGAGCUGGCCACUGCCCUCGCCCUGGCCAGCACACCAGAGAGCAGUGCAGUCACUCCAACCACAGGCAACCAGGGCACCUCAUCCGGAGCAUCCCCAGUGAUGGGAUCCUCAGGAAUGCCAGCUGGAACCCCCAUCACCAAUGAUAUCUUCACCCAGGCACUACAGCAGGCAAUACAGGUGUCCAGCCUUUCAUCUCUGCAAAGCCAGUGGCAGUCACAGCUACAGCAGCUGCGGGCCAUGGGGAUCCAGGAUGAGGAACUUAUCCUGAGAGCCUUGCAGGCGACUGGAGGGGACAUCCAAGCAGCACUGGAGCUGAUCUUUGCUCGGGGGGCACCCUGAGAUGAGGGAGAGGGGACCUGAAACUGACCAGACAGCUGCAGCAAAACCUUCUCUUUUAAAUGGGAAUGGACAGAAAUACAUGUGGAACUAGCUGUGGUACUGGAUUAUUUAAGCGGUUGUGUUGAUCAGGGUUCUGUUCAGUCAUCAGAACAUAUUUAUGCAUCAUAGCCCUCCUGAGAUACAGCAGUUGAGACUAUUGCUGCCUGAGAGAAGGUUGAAAAUGGUUGAAUGUAACUUUACAGAAAAUACUUUUUUUUCUUAUGUUUCAGGCUUUUUGUUGACCGAAAUUGUAUUUUUGACAACAGACGGGUGACCUUUUCAAAUCAUCAGAACAAACUGCUUUAGGUAAUACAACCUUUUGUUUCUCAGUUAUGCUUGCAAGAACUGAGAGGUUUCAAAAUAUUUAAAGGGUAUUUUAACAUUGCUUUUUGAACUGGAAGAUACCAAUAAAAUGUCAGAAAAAGACCCAA